UCGCGGCCCGGGGCCAGCGGCCGAGGCCAGGUUGCUCCGAGGCGGCGGCUGGACGGAGGCCUCCCGGGCCGAGCAGCGGGUAGGGCGGGCAAGCGCUGACGGGACGGCGAUCCUCGGCCGCGCGUCCCCUGCGGGCCGCCGUAGGCGUCACGUGACCGCCCGGCGAGCGCCAUGGCGGCGCCGAAGCCGCUGUCCCGCUUCUGGGAGUGGGGGAAGAACAUCGUGUGCGUGGGCAGGAACUACGCGGAGCACGCGCGCGAGAUGCGCAGCGCCGUGCCGCGCGAGCCCGUGCUGUUCCUGAAGCCGAGCAGCGCCUACGCGCCCGAGGGCGCGCCCGUGCUCGUGCCCCCCUACACGCGCGACCUGCAGCACGAGCUGGAGCUGGGCGUGGUGGUGGGCGCGCGCGCGCGCGCCGUGCCCGAGGCCGCGGCCAUGGACUACGUGGGCGGCUACGCGCUGUGCCUGGACAUGACGGCCAGGGACGUGCAGGACGAGUGCAAGCGGCAGGGCCUGCCCUGGACGCUGGCCAAGGGCUUCGCCUCCUCCUGCCCCGUGAGCGCCUUCGUGCCCAAGGCGCGCGUGCCCGACCCGCACCGCCUGCGCCUCUGGCUGCGGGUCAACGGCGAGCUCCGGCAGCAGGGCGACACGGCCGCCAUGCUCUUCUCCGUCCCCUACCUCGUCAGCUACGUGUCCCGGGUGCUGACGCUGGAGGAGGGGGACCUGCUGCUCACCGGGACGCCCGAGGGCGUGGGGCCCGUGAGGGAAGGCGACACGAUCGAGGCGGGCAUCGAGGGCCUGGUCAGCAUGCGGUGCGAGGUGCGGCCGUGGCAGGCCUGAGCGCGCCAGGCCCCGGCCUCGCCAGCUGCGGCAGCGGGACGCGGCCGUCUUGUGCGCAAAGUCUAGGAAGGAAGUGGACUGGCCCAGGGGCACGGAGGAGCCUGGACCCUGCGGGGAAGAAUCUCAAGGCUUCGUGACCGUGGCCGAAACUGGACUCCAGGGCGUCGCCCUAGGAGGGGCAGAACCGCGGGACACUGAGCCGCGGACUUGGACUUGGACAUCAGGAGGCUUCUGUAGACAUCAAAACUUCCAAACUACCGCCGCCCCCGGCCCCCGGGUCAGCUGUGGUGGUCAUGUCCGGGAAGCUGCGCCCACGCGGCCACGGGAUAGGGAAAGCAGGUGGAGAGCUCGCUGCUGGCUUGAGGGGUCUGCCUUACCCAUGGAUUCGGUGUUGGGAGGGUAAUUUCCUAAUUCUGUUAGCCAAAUAAAUCUGUUUUGUGUGGC